AUGGCAAAGCGUCUUACUGUCUACGGAUAUUUGGGCGCCGUUUUGUCCCCCAACUUCCCAAGCAGCAGCCGGAAAACGGGUCAAGUUGUUCCCUCUACGAAUACCUACUGCGGUGUACAAGGUGUUGUCGAGUUGGCGCGUCUCGGAUAUCGACAUGAAGAAUGCGGCGCACAACCUUUCCAAACGUGCUCACCAGCACAGCACAGCCCGAAUGCCUCACGUCCAGUUCGCGCACACCGAGUAUAUAGUGCCGGUUUGCCACUUGAUGUCGCAAAGAUCGGAUUCUUGGUUAUUGCGCCCUUUCUGGGGAGGAAGUUGCGUUUGACAGUUUAUCCCAAGAUGAUGAAUCCGUAA